UCACUGUGCUGCUUACAGCCCGCCGGCUCCCCGCGUGUGUAUUGUGCGGUGUGUUGUUGUGGAGCCAACAUGGCGGCUCCUCUGGAGGUAAUUGUGAGCAGUGAUUCCGGCUCUCAACUGUGGAACAGCACCGUGUUCGACCUGCACAGCGGCUCCAGUCUGCUCUCCUACCGCGGAGGGAACAGCUCCGCCCGGGGACUGACCGUCCUCGGCGGCCAGUACCUGCUGUCGGCCCAGCAGGGCAAGAACUUCAUCAACGUGUGGGAGAUCCAGAGAAAGGAUCAGCUGCAGCAGAAAAUCGUGUGUCCAGGUGUGGUCACCUGUCUGACCGCCUCACCUAAUGGGCUCUUCCUUGCUGCUGCUGUCGCUGAGGCCAUUUACCUGUGGGAGGUAUCCACAGGUAAGCUGCUGUGUGUCCUCAGUCGUCACUAUCAGGAUGUUACCUGUGUGAAGUUCACAGACGACAGCAGCCAUUUUGUUUCUGCAGGAAAAGACAACCUGGCUUUGGUGUGGAGCCUGUCCAGUGUGAUCCAGCUGGAUUUGAGCCACACACCUGAACCACGCCAUGUCCUAUCUCGCCACUCUCUACCAAUCACAGACCUGCACUGUGGCCUAAUGGGAGCUCAGGCCAGAUUUGCCACCGCCUCCUUGGACCAAACUGUCAAGGUGUGGGAGUUGUCCUCAGGUGAGCUGCUCCUAUCUGUCCUAUUUGAUGUGGAGAUCAUGUCUGUGACCUUUGACCCCUGCGAGUACUUCCUAUUCUGUGGAGGCAGUGAUGGAAACAUUUUCCAGGUGUCUCUGUGCAGCCAGAGUCUCAGCCGAGACAGAUCCUUCCAGUCUGACAACAAUGGGAACCAGGUGUUCAAAGGACACAGGAACAUGGUGACGUGUCUUUCUGUGUCGAUGGACGGGACGCUUCUGCUCUCUGGGUCACAUGACGAGACAGUCCGACUCUGGGACAUCCAAAGCAAACAGAGCAUCCGCUGCCUCACUCACAAAGGUCUGGUGACGAAUGCCGUCAUCAUGGCAGCUCCAGCUAACAUGUUCCUGCCUGACAGUCGGCCUGCAGUCCCGCUGCCGCGCUUCAGCCGACACCUGCAUGCCUCUGAGGGCGACAGUGGAGAGUUGGGAGACGUGUGUGUUCGACUCGGCCUCUACACACAGGAGGAAGAGGAGACGUACCUGCAGAAAGCUGAAAGGCUGAACUCAUUAAUGAAUGCUGUGACUGACAAGUCGGUGUUUGGUGACGGUGAGAACACAAAGGUUCGAGUUGCUGAGCUUGAGGAAGAAGUUCAGACUCUGAAGAAAGUCAACAAAGAUCUGUUUGACUUCUCCAGUCAGCUGCUCACCAAGCCCACAUAAACACACACAGACACACUUAUACACACAUAUAAUAUAGAUAUACACACAUUAACAUACACACAUUAACAUACAAACACCGUUUUACAAAGCCACAUAUACACUACACACACACACAUGCAUACAGGUGUCUCACA